AUGAAAGAACCCAAAACGUUGCUCAAUUUGUCUACAGAAGUUUUACAAGAAGUGUUAAAACAUAUGGAAGCUAAUAGAAGAUUCGAGCUUGCCAAACGAAUUCCUCUAAUGAAGUCUCUUGAAAAGUCAGUACCUCUCAGAAUCGACACUCUGGUUUUUGACGAUUUGAGAAUUCAAAUCAACGACACUGAAUACAAAUUUGGAGUCUAUAAGAAAUAUGACAAAAAAGAAGAAACUCCAGAAUUCGUUGAAUUUGAAAAUAGCCAAGGUGGACUUCCGAAUAAUAUUGAUGAAUUUGGAUUUAAUGAUUUUUCAAAUGAGGUCUUUGUAGAAGAAGGAGAUGUUGUUCUAACGGAUUCUGAAGAUUGGCAAGAAUUUUGUGAUGAGCAAUUGGAGAGAAAUGAAGGAGAACGAAGUAAUAUGAAAAGGAUAUGGAUUCAAAGGACGAUUCAGGAACAAGAAAAACAAAUCGCCCUUCUCCGAUCUUCCGAACCCCAAAACCAUUUUGAAAUUCAAAACCUUCAACAGAAACUUCACAAAUCCAUCGCAGAUCUCCUCGCAUUCCAAUACCGAGAUUCUGGAGUCACUUCCUAUAUACCGUAUACCCAACUGCUCAUCACAUCGACACGUGGCACCCAUAUCGAACGUUUUGAGUACAGUGGAAACAUCCACGAGGCAUUUAGGUGUCUGAUUGCUCAGCUUUUUGGAAACCGUGGGCAUCCGAUAGAAGUUAAAAGAUUUGAACCGAAUUCAAUGAUCCUGAGGCUUCCCCUUGGAGUCAAAUUUCAAAUUGAAGGAUUGAAAUUCAGCUAUGCAGUUCAAAAUACGUAUGAGAAUCUGAAGGAUGUAGUAGAAGAGAGCAGUUAUCCAUUGGAAUAUGUGGAAUUCAAUGGAGCUGAAUUAGAAGGCGCGAAUUUGAGAAAUCAAGUGAUAAGAGAGGCAAAAGAAGUUGUGAUUUCUGGGAAAUUGGAAAAUGGAAAAUGGACGCCUUACCUAGAGAAAAUGGGAAAUCCCAAGGUCCAUGUAAAGGAUGGAUUUGAAAAGGAACCAAUUGACGAUUUGUAUUUCAUCAUUUGUUCAUGGAUGAAUAAUGGAAACUUCGAGAAGAGAAUGUGGACAGUUAAGUUGAAUGAUGAGCAAUCUGGAGCGGAGAUUUUGAAAAAGUUGGCAAACGAUUUUUAUGAUGAGGAUGUGAAAGAGAAUCGAUACUUUCGAAUUCCAUUGGACUUCACUACUGAUCUGAAAGUAUCAAAGGAGUGCGGCGAUUCAAAAAAUCUAGAUUCCCAAAUGAUAAAAUUAGAAAUUCAACACAAGAAUUUUUACAUUGAGUCUGUUGCUCUAUCAGCUCGAGUGAUCCGAAAAUCAAUAGUUUUCUGGAACUUUUUUGUUUGUGGAAAUUUAUAA